AUGACAAGACCUAUGAGGCGGUACAUGAAAUAUGCCACUCUCAAUAUCCCCAAGGCUACUCGGGCUGGCGUAGCCAGUCUUGAGCCACUAGACAGGGGUGUGUUUGAGGUCCCCUCCCAAUGCCUGUACUCCGAUGCAAGACUUCCCCUCUUCUCACAUAGCCAAAAUCCUCUCAAAACACUCUUUCAGCCUGUAUCCAUCAUGAUGAUCUCCUCUGACACAGCCGAGAUUAUUCGUCGCAAAAAAUCGCAAUACUGUCGUUUUGCAGACAGCAACCAAUGGGAGCGCUUCAAAGACAUCUCUCUCCCUGACGCAACCUUUGUGUUUGUGGACCCUACAGACACCGUCAUUAAUACCAACGGAGUCGAUUAUCAGUUCGCAUCCCGCGAGAGCUUUGUCGCCUUUUUCAGCCAGGCAUUUCGAAACCUGCAGACUAUCCAUAUGGUUGACCCGGGGGACUUGGAACAAACGAAUGCCGACGAGGUGAAGGCCGUCUGGAGCGUCAUAUACCACGCCGGGCCAAAGGGUUUAGCUCAAGGAGCUCAUGAAUACUGA